GGAUUCCUGCAAAACAGGCAACGUUUAGAGGAGAAAGGAGGCGUGGUUACGCAGGACGUAGGCGUGGUCGAAUCAGCUGCUUUUUUUUUGUCGUUGUCCAUAUAUGGUCCUUGACGUUAAACGCCGGAGGUUCCGUCGAUAUAAAAGGCAAUCCGACGGAAUCCCCUUCAAAGGAAAUGUAGGCGCGCAGUGAACCGGUGCAGACACUAAGGAUAAUAAUAAUAAUAAUAUUAAUAAUACGAAUAAUAAUAGUAAGAAUAAUAAUCCAUGAUCAUGAAGGUUUCCAGUAUAGACAGCCGUCAUUUCAAGAAAAUCCUGCGCAAGGAGAGCGGGAAGUGUUUGAUCCUGGACUGUAGACCGUAUUUAUCGUUCUCCAGUUCGAGCGUCCGCGGCUCGGUGAACGUUAACCUGAACUCGGUGGUGCUGCGCAGGUCGCGCGGGGCUCCGGUGCCGCUGCGGUUCGUUGUGCCGGAUGAGCACGCGCUGUACCGGCUGCGCGAGGGCGGCGUGUCGGUGGUGGUGGCGCUGGACGAGAACACGCCGCAUCUCCACAAGCUGAAGAAGGACAGCGUGGCGCGUCUCGCCAUCCACAGCCUCGCGCACCUCUCCAGCUGUGCCAACAUCUGCUUCCUGAAGGGAGGCUACGAGAGCUUCCAGGCGCAUUACCCCGAGCUGUGCACCGAGGCCAAAGCACCUCUGGAGCGCAGUGCACCGGACACAGAGGUUUAUCCUGGGGCAGAUUACACCCAGGAUGGUCCGGUGGAGCUGUUGCCCUUCCUGUACCUGGGCAGUGCUCACCAUGCACGCAGACAUGACUGCCUGAGUGAGCUGCGCAUUACGGCGUUGUUGAAUGUUUCACGGCGGGACUGGCAGUGCGCCGGAGGGCCACAGCGAUACAAACGCAUCGCUGUAGAGGACAGUCACACAGCUGAUAUCGGCUCACACUUCCAGGAAGCUAUUGACUUCAUUGAUGAGGUGAAGCGAGAAGGCGGGAAGGUGCUGGUGCACUGCGAGGCAGGGAUUUCACGCUCGCCCACCAUCUGUAUGGCGUACCUCAUGAAGACACAGAGGCUGCGUCUGGAGGAGGCUUUCGAUGCCGUGAGACAACGGCGUGCCGUCAUCUCGCCCAACUUCAGCUUCAUGGGUCAGCUGCUGCAGUUCGAGAACGAGGUCCUGGCGUCUGUGCCCGACAGCAAUAUGGAAAACAGCAAUGACCAACAAAAGAGUGACGAGUUCACGAUCGACAAGAGCUUCGAGUCAUCCGUUUUCUCCUUCCCUACCUCCUUCCUGUCACCCAUCAAACUCAAUCCCAUCACCUCCCUGACUACUUGAACUAUACAAAGGAAUUUAAGAUGGGGCAAAGAAGAAACUUAAGUUAAGGGUUAAGCUUUCUGCAUAACCUCGUUGACAAAAGACUUUCACCAGGAAUUCAAACUUGGCAGCAGCAAAAAAAAAGAAACAAUGUAGCUGAAUUAAUAAUUUAUGAGCGUUGCCAACUUUCGGCUUGCUAACUGCCAAUAUUUUGACAAGUUAACAUGCUUGAUGCUCUGCUGCCUACUUAGAGUAGCUACCUUGCUAAUUAGCUAGCAGGAUAAAGGACUAAAGUCGUAAUCUGUCACGCAGUUUGCUACAUAAACAACACAGCAAUUGCGUUUAAACAUCUUUUUUUUGUUGUUGUUAGGAAAAGGAGAUUAUGAUGAGAUUGUGAAGCUUUCUGGGUAAAUUUCUUCAAGUCUGAUGCACUGAUGUUCACUCGAUCUCCCUGCCCUUCAAGGGCUCCGCUAACGAACUUUACUUAAUCUGAUAAAGCACUGGAAAAGCUGUUAGGAGGCUGCAGGGAUUCGGUGUUGAAUGGAAGUCGAGCAGUUCUCUGCGUUUAAAAGACUGCAUGGAAGUGGGUGUUGUUUUGGUGUUUGCCUUAAAGUGCACUGCAAUAUAAGCCUUAGUUUAACAAUCAUUCAUGCCUACGUGUGACAGACUUUAAGGCUUUUCAUAUUAAUUUAUUGAUUUUUUUUUUCUUUUUUGAAAUGUGUGACUCUGUUAAUAAAUGUUUUGUAUAUUAAGUGGCAA